AUGGCCUUCUUCUCCCAAUCCGGCCUUUCGCCACUCUUCCUCUUCAAUGACUACGAGGCUCAAACCCAACACAACCCUCGCCAAUGUCCCAAGUCCUACAAGUUCUUCAAGCCCCAAGCACACAGCCCCUCCUUCACACCCGCAUUUGACGUGCGCGUGUUGACCAAUGCCUACCACCUCGACGGCGAACUGCCAGGCGUGGACCAGAGCAACAUCGAGAUCGAAUUCACCGAUGCACACACACUCGUGAUCAAGGGCCACACAGACCGCAACUCCAUCAAUGACGAUGACAACAAUCCCAACAAAAAUGACGAUGCCAACUCAAGCCGCAGCGCAUCUCCUGCAGGGUGGCACCAAGCUACUGUCGAAGACGAGGAUGCAGAGUCGACUAGCUCAACCGACACCGCUGCUUCCAAGACUACUUCGAGCCCCGCUGGGGAUGACCAGCCUUAUUUCUGGACUAAGGAGAGGUCGAUCGGGGACUUCCAGCGCACUUUUAGCUUCGCCGCGCGUGUUGAUCAGGAUAAUGUCCGCGCGAGUCUGAAGAAUGGUGUUUUGUCUGUUGUUGUGCCGAAAGAGCCGGUUCCUACGCCGAAGAAGAUUCGCAUUCUGUGA